AUGAAGAACAUUUCCUUUAAACUUGUGUGUUUGGUUGCUCUUCUUUGUCUUGUCCUUCGACAAGAUCUUGUGGAGGGUAGGACAAUUGUUCCAAACAGAGGCGAUGGGAAUUAUCACGACCCGGUUUGUAACCCGUAUGAUCCAAACUGUAACAAACCUUGUAAUCCAGAAAAUCCAAAUUGCGUCAUGAAACAACCUGACAUGGUUACAAUUAAUAGAGGUGGCGGAAAUAUUCAUGACCCGGUUUGUAACCCGUAUGAUCCCAAUUGCGUCAAACCUUGUAAUCCAGAAAAUCCAAAUUGUUAA